CCAGAAUCUCCAACUUGAAAUAACGAAUGUCCAUACACCCCGCCGGCGUGCUUUCUCUGGUCAAGAACGUAUCAUAUGUGUAUUCUGUAUCUUCCAAUACUUGCCAGAAGAUCUUCCUAAAAACAAAAUCUCCGAUCACAUCCGAGCUGGGCGCAUCCAAACACUGUCGUCAGCCAAGGGCAGGCACCCAAGAUGGUAAGAAUGGAACAACUUGGACAUAUGGCAUAUUAGAAAACCACGGAUAGCUAACGAUCUGCUGCCAAUAGGGUAUCAGUCGAAGACCAAAGGGCGACAAAGCCGCGAAACAGGCGCAGGAUGGCGGCCGGGGCGCUGCAUCUGGGGGAAAACCAAAUAUCAAGAAAGCUGCCUUCGAUACCACAAAGAAGAAGGAGAUAGGAGUCUCGGAUCUUACGCUGAUUAGCAAGGUCAGCCCAGAGGCCAUAAAUGAGAACUUGAAGAAACGUUUCGAAGGAGGAGAAAUCUAUGUGAGCCAUCCGGCGACAUUUGGCGGACAAUAGUCCUGGACUAUGAGCGGUAUACUGAUGAUGUCGCAGACAUACAUUGGCCAUGUGCUGGUAUCUGUGAACCCAUUUCGAGAUUGUGAGUUGGCCCACAAUCAUAGUAUUCCGAGCUACUAAUAAAAGACAGUGGGAAUAUACACAGAAGAAGUUCUAGAGACAUACAAGGGCAAGAAUCGACUCGAGGUUCGUACACACUCAAGAUGGGAUGUAUUUUGGGUAGCUGCUAAUAUGCGCAGAUGCCACCUCAUGUAUUCGCUGUUGCCGAAGCCUCCUACUACAAUAUGAAUGCCUACAAGGAAAACCAGUGUGUCAUUAUUUCCGGGGAGUCUGGAGCUGGCAAAACCGAAGCUGCGAAACGAUUAAUGCAAUAUAUUGCCAAUGUAUCUGGCGGCGGAAACUCCUCGAUUCAAGAAACCAAAGACAUGGUGCUUGCGACGAAUCCCUUGUUAGAAUCCUUUGGAAAUGCAAAGACGCUACGAAACAACAAUUCAUCUCGCUUUGGAAAAUACCUACAGUUACAAUUCAAUGCUCAGGGUGAGCCAGUGGGUGCAGAUAUCACAAACUAUUUGCUGGAGAAAAGUAGGGUUGUGGGUCAAAUCCCCAAUGAGCGAAACUUCCACAUCUUUUACCAAUUCACAAAGGGAGCCUCGUCAACCUACAGAACCAGUCUAGGCAUCCAGAAACCAGAAACAUACCUCUACACAAGCAAAUCUAAAUGUUUAGAUGUAGAUGGCAUAGACGAUCUUGCCGAGUACCAAGACACACUCAAUGCGAUGAAGGUCAUCGGUUUGACGCAGGGAGAACAAGACGAAAUUUUCAGAAUGCUGGCUGCAAUUCUAUGGACUGGUAACAUCCAGUUUGCCGAGGAUAAAGAUGGAAAUGCCGCAGUAACAGAUCAAUCUGUGGUGGACUUUCUCGCUUAUCUUCUCGAAGUGGACCCACAGCAACUUAUCUCGGCAAUCACAAUCCGCAUUCUCACACCACGAAACGGGGAAGUUAUUGAAUCGCCUGCAAAUCCUGCACAAGCUCUUGCCACCAGAGAUGCUCUAGCAAAAUCAAUAUACAACAACCUCUUUGAUUGGAUUGUUGGUCGUGUCAAUGUCGCUUUGAAAGCACGUGGAACGACAGCUCAAUCAAUUGGAAUUCUCGAUAUUUACGGAUUCGAAAUCUUUGAGAAGAAUAGUUUCGAGCAGCUGUGUAUCAACUAUGUGAACGAGAAAUUACAACAAAUCUUCAUCCAGCUGACGCUAAAGGCAGAACAAGAGGAGUAUGAAAGAGAACAGAUCAAGUGGACCCCUAUCAAGUAUUUCGACAACAAGAUCGUGUGCGAUCUCAUUGAAAAUGUGAGGCCCCCAGGAGUUUUCUCUGCCAUGAAGGAUGCUACCAAAACUGCACAUGCAGAUCCGGCUGCUUGUGAUCGAACCUUUAUGACGGCCAUCAAUGGCAUGUCAAAUCCUCACUUGACCCCUCGACAGGGCAACUUUAUUAUUAAGCAUUACGCUGGCGAUGUCAGUUAUACUGUUGACGGUAUCACUGAUAAAAACAAGGACCAGCUCUUGAAGGGCCUUCUCAACUUGUUUGAUCAAAGUGGUAACAAAUUUCUCCAUACUCUAUUCCCUCACCAGGUCGACCAGGACAAUCGAAAACAACCACCUUCGGCUGGUGAUAAGAUCAAAGCAUCUGCAAACGACCUGGUCGCAACCUUGAUGAAAGCACAGCCCUCUUAUAUUCGAACCAUCAAGCCCAACGAGAACAAAUCUUGGUCCGAAUACAGUGUUCCCAAUGUCAUGCAUCAAAUCAAAUAUCUCGGUCUACAGGAAAACGUUCGAAUUCGUCGUGCUGGUUUUGCCUACCGUCAGACAUUUGAUAAGUUUGUUGAGCGCUUUUACUUGUUAUCCCCCCAAACGUCCUACGCUGGAGAUUACACAUGGACAGGAGACUCGAAAUCUGGUGCAAAACAGAUCUUGAAGGAUACGAGCAUUCCUGCUGAGGAGUUUCAAAUGGGUGUAACAAAGGCAUUCAUCAAGGCCCCUGAGACUUUGUUUGCUUUGGAGCACAUGCGAGACCGAUACUGGCACAACAUGGCCAUCCGAAUUCAGCGAGUUUGGCGAGCAUUCUUGCGAAUUCGUAUCGAAGCUGCUACGCGUAUCCAGCGGGUAUGGAGAAAGAAGAGGAUUGGUGCUGAGUUCCUCGUUUUGAGAGAAAGGGGCCACAAGGUUCUCCAGGGACGAAAAGAACGAAGGAGAUUCAGUCUUCUUGGAUCAAGACGAUUCAUGGGGGAUUAUCUUGGAAUUAAUGCCACUAGUGGGUCAGGAGCCAGAAUCCGCACCUCGGCAAAUAUUCCUCCCAACGAGCAGGCAAUCUUCUCUUGCCGUGGAGAACUUUUGGAAACAAAGUUUGGUCGUUCGAGUAAAUUGAGUCCUCGUAUUUUGGUCCUAACAAAAGGGAAAUUCUAUAUCAUCGCUCAGCAUUUGGUCAACAAGCAAGUUCAGGUGGCCAUCGAGCGUGCCAUUCCCCUUGGCGCUAUCAAAUUCGUUGGUACAUCGGUCUGUAGAGAUGAUUGGUUCUCGUUAGGAGUUGGCUCACCUCAAGAAGCCGAUCCUCUUCUGACCUGUGUACUCAAGACUGAGCUAUUUACGCAUAUGCAAGCUUCAAUGCCUGCUGGAUUCACGCUGAAAAUUGCAGAUGCAAUAGAAUACGCAAAGAAACCGAACAAGAUGCAAAUGGUAAAGGUCAUCAAGGACUCCACCGUAAAAGAGGAUUUUUACAAGAGCGGUGCUGUUCAUACCAGUCAAGGCGAGGCACCAAAUUCUGUUUCUGCCCCACUGCCUAAGGGGAAGCCAAUACCAGCGAAGCCCUUUACCAAGGGUCGACUUAUCAAGCCCGGUGGCCCAGGUGGUCGUCCAUCCAGGGUCACCAAUACUUCUACAAGAAAUACCAAACCUGUAUCACAACCUGGUGGAUCAGCUUCGGCUGUCAGAAGUCUACCUCCACAACCUGUCGCAGUUUCUAUACCAAAUCAUACUAGAAACGUACCAUCGCAGUCGUCUGGUCGAUCUGUACCUCCACCACCUCCGCCCGCACCACCUGCUGCUGCUGCCAAACCCAGAGACCCCCAAUACAAGGUUUUGUAUGCUUUUGCGGGACAAAGUGCCAACGAGCUCACACUAACACCCGAUGACGUUAUCUCUAUUCUCAAGAAAGAGGGUAAUGGCAAGUCUCCUCCCUGUUUCCCAAUCGUAUAGUCUUUCUUUGCUAACAUUAUAUAGGAUGGUGGCUUGCCAAAACCGCUUCUGGUGCAGAAGGCUGGGCUCCUUCUGCUUACCUUGAGGAAGUUGUGGUUGCACCCCCUCCGGUCGUAAGACCAACACCUCCUCCACCACCAGCCGCAAAAACGAAUGGUGCUCGUCCCAAGCCCACACCCCCGGCCAAGAGACCAGCAGCAGGAAGAAAGCCUGCACCACCGCCAGCUCCAAGGGACUCGGGGAUGAGUCUCAAUGGGAAUGGCACAGAUAGUGGUAGGAGUACGCCUACGCCCAGUUUGGCUGGUGGACUGGCGGAGGCAUUGCGGGCUAGACAGAGCGCGAUGCAGAAGGGGAAGGAUGAUGAUGAUGAUUGGUAGAUGCAUGGUAUGUUUGUGGAGGUGUAUUGUGUUUUACUUCUUGAGAUGAAAAUUUAUUUUCUUCAUGGAUUCUUUUCCUUUUUCUUCUCCUUUUUUUACAUUUGUGUUGGGAUGGUUGAUUAGGUUUUGAGCGUGAUGAAUGACAUAGAUAAGCGAUACAAAAUCGGUGGAGGGAUGGAUGAUUGGCUUUUUUCUUCUCUAGUUUCACUUUUAUUAUAUCACAGUGGUGAGAGAAGAUUGAGGAUUUUGUUCUUCAGAAGAAGUAGGUAAAAGCAAGACUGUCUGCCUUUUUGGUGAUGGAAUAUAGAGUGGUAGAAUGGAUGGGACGGGUGGACAAGGGAGAUGGGUUGAUAAAUAGGGUGAAUUAUGUAUAAAUUGUUUUUAUGUCUUGUCUUGUUUUAUAUGUCACAGUGCUUACUUUGAUAUUGCUUGACUCUUGGUCUUCAAUACAUAAGUGAAGAGGAAGUUCUUGAGCGUACAUACAUGUUACUCA